GCCUGAAUUAGCUUCAGCUGUUGGCGUUACCCCGCCGCCGGCCGAGACCAGCGAGCUUUAGUCGGUACUUGUAUGAAGCUUUUCUUCGAUAGUCAUCAUGUCUGCCCCCGAGUCCCCCGAGUUCAGCAAGGCGCUGGUUGAGGUCAAGCAGUUGACCAAGAAGCCCAGCAACGACGACCUUUUGCGCCUCUACGCUCUUUUCAAGAUUGGCAAGGGCUUCGAGUUCAAGAAGUCUGACGAGCCUUCACGGUUCUCCUUCGAGGCUCGCGCCAAGUGGAAGGCCUGGGAGCAGGCCUACGAGGAGGAGGGCAUCACCGAGCCGGCUGUUGCGCAGCAAAAGUAUGUCGAGUUCGUCGAGUCGCUCAAGGAAAAGUACGACUUCGACCCCAACAAGACUCCCGAGUAAAUGGCAAGAGGAGGUUCUACAUGUUGUUACCUGCCUAGAGAUGCA